CCAUUCUCCGACCGCCCGAGGCCGCCUCCCUGCCCCGCGCCGACUCUCCAGCCGCGGCGCCGCCGGCCGAGCGCAGGGCGCGGGCAGAAAGCAUGCUGGACUUCGCCAUCUUCGCCGUGACGUUCCUGCUCGCGCUGGUGGGAGCCGUGCUGUACCUCUACCCGGCUUCCCGACAAGCAUCAGGAAUUCCAGGGAUUGCACCAACUGAAGAAAAAGAUGGUAAUCUUCCAGACAUUGUCAACAGUGGAAGCCUGCACGAGUUCCUGGUUAAUUUGCAUGAACGAUACGGGCCUGUGGUCUCUUUCUGGUUCGGCAGGCGUCUUGUGGUUAGCUUGGGCACUGCUGAUGCGCUAAAGCAGCACUUCAGCCCCAAUAAGACCUCGGACCCAUUUGAAACCAUGUUGAAGUCACUAUUAGGGUAUCAGUCUGGUGGUGAAAGUGUGAGUGAAAACCACGCGAGGAGGAAGCUCUAUGGAAAUGCUGUGACGGCCGCUUUGCAGAGUAACUUUCCUCUCCUGCUAAAGCUUUCAGAAGAAGUACUAGAUAAAUGGCUGUCCUACCCAGAGGCCCAGCACGUGCCUCUGAGCCAGCAUAUGCUUGGUUUUGCUCUGAAGUCUGUCACACGGAUGGUACUGGGUAGCACGUUUGAAGACGAACAGGAAGUCAUUCGCUUCCAAAAGAUUCAUGGCACAGUUUGGUCUGAGAUUGGGAAAGGCUUCCUCGAUGGGUCACUUGAUAAAAAUACCACUCGGAAAAAGCAGUAUCAAGACGCCCUCAUGCAGUUGGAAUCUAUUUUAAAGAAAAUCAUAAAGGAACGAAAAGGAAAGAACUUCAGUCAACAUGUCUUCAUCGACUCCUUAAUACAAGGAAAUCUUAAUGAGCAACAGAUCCUAGAAGACAGUAUGAUAUUUUCUCUGGCUGGCUGCAUAAUAACUGCAAGGUUGUGUACCUGGACAAUUCAUUUUCUAAUGAUGUCGGAGGAAGUUCAGAAGAAGCUCCACCAGGAAAUAGCCCGAGUUCUUGGGAAGGGUCCUAUUACUUCAGAGAAAAUGGAGCAGCUCAGCUAUUGCCGGCAAGUGCUCUGGGAAACCGUUCGGACUGCCAAACUGACCCCUGUCUCUGCCCGGCUACAAGAUGCUGAAGGAAAAGUAGGCCCGUUUGUUAUUUCUAAGGAGACCCUUGUCCUUUACGCCCUCGGUGUGGUUCUUCAGGACCCCAGCACCUGGCCAUCACCACACAAGUUUGAUCCAGAUCGCUUUGCUGACGAGUCAGUGGUGAGGGCGUUUUCCUCGCUUGGUUUCUCAGGCUCGUGGGAAUGCCCAGAACUGAGGUUCGCGUACACGGUGACCACAGUGCUUGUGAGCGUGUUGCUGAAGGGGCUGAGCCUGCUUCCGGUGGAGGGGCAAGUGUUUGAAACGAAGUAUGAACUGGUCACAUCAUCCAGGGAAGAAGCUUGGGUCACUGUCUCCAAAAGAAACUAGGCAUUUAUACACUUAAAGUCUGCUAAGUAGAUGAAGGGACUAUGUGCUGAGUCCUUUUCUAAACCAGUAUCAUUUUGUAAUUUAAACCUAUUAGUGCUUUGGGAUGUAAAUUUGGAUUUUUAUAUGUCAAAGCUUCCUAAUGUAUGAUAUGCGUUUAUACUUAUUGCACCAAUAUACUGACAACUUUAAUAGACCAGCUUAAUUUUCUUUUAAUUUGUAUUAUCUUAU